GCGGUAAAAACAUACUUUAUUUGAUUAAUUAAACUGUCUACUAUCUUAAAAAUUAAGUCUGUUUCUGAAAAUGUUUGAUUAGAAUACAAAAGAACUAAAAUAGUAUAUAAAUUGUAGUUUGGAAAUGUUAUAAUUUGAAUUUGGUGCUAAGCGCCUAAAGUGCAGCAACUGAGUAUCAAAAUUGAUUUAUAAACCAUGCCGUUUCGUCGCUGUUUUGCUCAUUGUCCUCAUGGUAGCGCUAUCCUGUAUCCAUUUCCACCAAAAACUGAUGUAGCCAGGCGGGAUCUCUGGAUACGGCAAUUUGGUAAAAAUCCAGACCAGUUCAAGCAGAAACAUCUGUACGCAUGCCGGAAACAUUUCAGCUCGUAUAUGACGUAUGGUAGACUACUGCGAAAAAAUGGCUAUCCCGAUGUAAAUUUGUCUACAUACGACAAAGAUAAGCCUUACACACAAAGAUUCAGUUAUUACAAACCUGGUGCGAAACCCGAUCCGUUUUGGCAUGAUAAUCUCGAUGAUGUAGUGGCUAUGCCACCGUUAGAUUAUGGCAUGGACCUAGAAUACGUACCCGUAGAAUGUAUUGUACCACUUUCCAAUGAACUCUCUCACACCGAGGACAGCAACAGCAGCGAUGAUGAGGAUAUACAACUAAAAAAGAAAUCAAAUUAUGUGGAUCGUAAACGAAAGUGCAUACUAGGAUGUGGCGGUAAGCGUUCACUACACAUUUUGCCAUCUAUUCACAACGAAUUGGAAAGACGGCAAAAAUGGCUAUAUCUGGUGGGCAAAGAUCCAGCAUUGUACACACAGAGACACGUUUAUGUUUGUGAUCUACACUUCGAUAUACAUAUGGUUGGGAAAUCGCAUUUAAUACGUGGAGCAUAUCCGAAUAAAAACUUGCCGCCACCGCUAAUAAAGUCAAUUCCGGAAAGGUUGGAAGCGGAAACAGAGUGCCUGCAAAAGUGUUCAGACUAUAAGCGAAAGUUCAAAUUUCCAACGUUCGAUCGUAAAAGGCGCGAAACGUGGUUGUUGAAAUUUGGGCGUAAUCCAGCAUUCUACACGAAUGAUAUUUACGCAUGCGAUCGUCAUUUUAGUGAUGAAAUGAGAGUUGGCCCCUACUUACAAUCGCACGCUGUACCAGAUCAAAAUUUGGCACUCAAACUACUCCACGAGGAUAAUACUGGUAAUUAUGUGAUUAAAACUUGGUCGCUAGAAAGACUACAAGCUUUAGCAAAUGCUACAACGACAUCUCUAACUGUUACAACAACAACAACAACGCAUUCAACUGCACUGAUUUCGCCAACUGUUACAACAAUUGCUACAACAACUACAGUGAUAUCGCCAACCGAUACAAUAACUGAUUCAACAACUGCAAAGAUUUUGCCGUCCGUUACAGCAUCUACAACAAUUUCACCAACUGUUACAACAACUACAACACUUGAUUCACCACACAAAAAUUCACCACAAACACCAACAAUUGAUGGAACAGCACAAAGUAAGAACAUUCUUGACCAACUAAAAAUGACCGUUAUGUCUACUGCUAAUCAAACGUCACAAACACCCGUGGAAUAUGUAAAAAUGAAAACAUUAGGUGUAUUCAUGCAACAUAGAGAUGGUUAUGUGGUGCCUUUGAGACAAAUUUUAAAUGCAGUUGACCCUUUGGAUUGCAGAGGAUAUCUGCUAACGGAAUAUGCUAAAUCGAUUGAACCCAAACUAACUAUAAAAGUACAUCCAAUACCAAAAGAGAUCUAUGAAGGUAUUAGUGACGAUGAUACUAAAAUGUCAGCAAGUCCUACGUAUAAGGCCGAUACGGUUGAAGAAAGUGACGAGGAUGCGAAAAUGUUGAAAUUUACACAUGCGUAUGGUGAACAAAAUAGUACGGAUUCAUGGAGUCAUGAAGACAACAAUGAUUUCAGCAGCAAUUUAGAAAAUGCACAAAUAUACAACAUUAAGCGAAAUAAUUAUGAUUCGGGCUAUACCACGGCGAAAAAGGUGAAAUUUACGCAUACGUUUGAUAACCAACAAAAUAACGGCGAUUUAGGGGGACAAGAAGACAACACUGAUUACAGCAACAGUUUAGAGAAUGCACAAAUAUAUAACAUUAAGCGAAAUAAUUAUAAUUCGAGCUAUACCACGGCGAAAAAGGUGAAAUUUACGCAUGCGUUUGAUGAACAGCAAAAUUACGGCGAUUUAGGGGGACAAGAAGACAACACUGAUUACAGCAACAGUUUAGAAAAUGCACAAAUAUACAACAUUAAGCGAAAUAAUUAUGAUUCAGGCUAUACCACGGCGAAAAAGGUGAAAUUUACGCAUGCAUUUGAUGAACAACAAAAUAGCGGCGAUUUAGGGGGACAAGAAGACAACACUGAUUACAGCAACAGUUUAGAAAAUGCACAAAUAUACAACAUUAAGCGAAAUAAUUAUGAUUCGGGCUAUACCACGGCGAAAAAGGUGAAAUUUACGCAUGCGUUUGAUGAACAACAAAAUAACGGCGAUUUAGGGGGACAAGAAGACAACACUGAUUACAGCAACAGUUUAGAAAAUGCACAAAUAUACAACAUUAAGCGAAAUAAUUAUGAUUCAGGCUAUACCACGGCGAAAAAGGUCAAAUUUACGCAUGCGUUUGAUGAACAGCAAAAUAACGGCGAUUUAGGGGGACAAGAAGACAACAAUGAUUACAAAAACAGUUUAGAGAAUGCACAAAUAUAUAACAUUAAGCGAAAUAAUUAUAAUUCGAGCUAUAUCACGGCGAAAAAGGUGACAUUUACUCAUACGUAUGACGAACAGCAUAAUAAUGGCGAUUUAUUGAGACAUGAAGACAACAAUGAUUACAGCAACAGUUUAGAAAAUGCACAAAUAUACAACAUUAAGCGAAAUAAUUAUGAUUCGGGCUAUACCACGGCGAAAAAGGUGAAAUUUACGCAUACGUAUGAUGAACAGCAUAAUAACGGCGAUUUAGGGAGGCAUGAAGACAACAAUGAUUACAGCAACAGUUUAGAAAAUGUACAAGUAUACAGCAUUAAGCGAAAUAAUUAUGAUUCGGGCUAUACAACGGCAAAAAAUGUGAAAUUUACGCAUGCGAAUGAUGAACAGCAAAAUAACGGCGAAUUAGGUGAGCAAGAUGACUACUACGAUUACCACGAAAAUAAUGUUGACAUGUUAAACUUUAGUGGCAACGGCGUACACGAAGCGAACACUGAAUUCGCCGUAAUUUCAGAUCCGAUAUUAGACCUACUGGCCGAAACUUAUCCCACAGAGAAUUUCCCCCUACUGCGGAGACAAAAUAAUACAGUAGUCAAAUGUAGCACAGAAACGAACAGCGAGAGCAAAACUGAAGUUGUAAUAGUAUCGGAUGAGCCAAGCAUGGCUGGCAAGUUGUUAACAGAAAAGAAAACGGAAACCGUUAAUAAACGCGUAAUAACGGUACAACCGAAACAACAACUCCAUAAUAGCAAGGUACUAACGCAAUUGAAAGCAGCAACCGUUAAAAACGGUGUCGUUAAGCAACAACCACAACAACAAACUUCUUUGACGAAGGCAGUUGCUUUCGCGGAGAGUUGGCAGCAAGUGAUGAAGACCAUGCAAAAGGAGGUAGCAGCUAACAGUACUUUGGCAAACAUGCAGAAGCAGCCCGAUGCCAUUGCACUGGCAGCCAAGAAGUUAGUUGAGGAAAUAAAACAAGCUGGUGAAAGGGAAAAACUAAGCAUACACCAAAAAAGAAUUGCUGGCGAUUUGACGGGAACUAAUCUAAAUAGUAAACAAAUACUAAGCACACAAGGUGCAUCUUCCGUUGCAACAACGCAAGUGCCAACAAAAAUGUUUAAUAAACCAGAUCCGAAUGCUUUCGAAAUCACCAGCGUGGAGAUAAUAAACAGCAUACCACCGAUUGUUGCUGGGCGAAACCCAAAUUUGAAAUUGAUCCCUGCAAUUCAGGAGGAUCCACAUCAGGCAAAAAUAACAAGCGUCGAAAUAAUAAACAGCAAACUGCCAACGAAUGUAGCUAACGAGAAUACAGUGACAUUUUCGGAAAAGGGGACCCCGCAAAUUCUGCAAAAUCGAAAAGAAAUUAUGCACAUGAUGCAUAGACCGUCAGCAGCUAAAGCAACAAUCGCUACAACAACAACUGCAACAAACACAAUGCCACUUUCAAUAACCAAGCCACCAUUUAAAACACCUGCAAGUGCCGCGCCCGUGCAACCCAAAUCAAUGGAUGAUACAAUCGAGGAAUUGUUGGCCAAAGCCAAGCACAUUUUGAACACAAAGAACACUGCAGCGCCUGCAAACACCAACAAUGACGACGACGAUUUGCUGAAGUCUGCUGAACCAGAAAUACAUUUUGCGCCAAUAUCAACCACACAGCAUGCAGAAGAUGACGGUGUGGUGCCCUACUGUGUUCUCAAAUGCGCCAAUUUUCGCAAAAUCUACGAAUUUCCCUCACCCGAAGUGCAGACUUUCCAGCGUCAUUUUUGGUUUAUACAACUCGGUUUGGAUAUAGCGACCGAUUGGCGCAAAACCCUGUUCAUUUGCGAUAAACACUUCGAUGACACGAUGUUAUUGCCACCAGACAAUACGCUCAAUGAAUACGCUUAUCCAUGCCAGUCGCUCUUGCGGGAACUCAAUAAACCGACCGCAACUGUUGGUACCCAAACAUGUGAUGACGCCGAGGAGUAUAGACAGAAGUUGUUCGAUCAAAUAGCGGAAUUGAAGCAGACGUUGUGCCAACAAAAACUGGAAGUGAAACGCGUUAAGGUUUUGAUACGUCUCAAGCAAGAGGCGUCGCGAUUGGUAGCCGAAAUUGAGGAGGCAGAAAAUGCGCCGAAACUGUUAACUAUUUAUAAUAAAGAAUAAUUAUUUUAUGUAAUUUUGUAUGUUAUAGUAUACAUACAUAUGUAUGUAUAUAAAACCGUUUUCUACCUAAAUUUAAUUUUAGCUAUCAGUAAAAUUAAUUUUAAAAAAUAUAUUCCUAAUAAAUGUAUGCUUAA